UGGGCGGGGCUCCGGCGUCCUCCUGCCUCCCCGCGGUGGCUGCACCUGAGCCCGCUGACGCCUCGCAGCACCGUCGCAGCUGCUGCACCAUGGCUGGGGCUGGCCGGCAGCGUCCGUCCGCAGGUUGCUGCUGCUGCUGCUGCCGCCGCCGCCUCCUGCUGCUGCUGCUGCUGCUGCUCUGGGCGGGGGCCGCCAUCCAGGGGAGCCGGGGCGAGGAGCGGGAGCUGCACGCCUGCAAGGAGUCUGAAUACCACUACGAAUACACGGCUUGUGACAGCCUCGGCUCGCGGUGGAGGGUGGCCGUGCCGCACACCCCAGGACUCUGCACGGGCCUGCCAGACCCCAUCAAGGGCACAGAAUGCUCUUUCUCCUGCAAAGCGGGGCAGUUCCUCGACAUGAAGGACCAGUCGUGCAAACCGUGUGCCGAGGGCAGGUAUUCCCUGGGCACUGGCAUCCGCUUCGACGAGUGGGACGAGCUGCCCCACGGCUUCGCCAGCAUUGCAACCAACCUGGAGAGCGACAGCAGCGUCUCGGAGUCCAUGGAGAACUGCACCACCUCAACCUGGGUGCCCCUGGGAGACUACGUUGCCUCCAACACAGACGAGUGCACAGCCACCCUGAUGUACGCUGUCAACCUGAAGCAGUCUGGCACCGUCUCCUUCGAGUACAUCUACCCAGACAGCAGCAUCGUCUUUGAGUUCUUUGUUCAGAAUGAUCAGUGCCAGCCAACCGUGGAGGAGUCCCGGUGGAUGAGAACCACGGAGAAGGGAUGGGAGUCCCACAACGUGGAACUGAGUCGCGGUAACAACGUGCUGUACUGGAGAACCACGGCCUUCUCCGUGUGGUCCCAGGUCCCCAAACCCGUGCUGGUGCGGAACAUUGGCAUCACAGGGGUGGCCUACACUUCAGAAUGCUUCCCCUGCAAAGCGGGCACCUACGCCGCCACCUCGGGAUCUUCCUUCUGCCAGCUGUGCCCAGCCAACUCCUACUCCAGCAAGGGUGCUACCUCCUGCCAGCGGUGUGAGCCAGACACCUACUCAGACCAAGGCUCUAGCUCUUGCAAACCUCGUCCGCCCUGCACAGAUAAGGAUUAUUUCUACACACACACGGUCUGCGACGCCAGUGGAGAGACUCAGUUAAUGUUUAAGUGGGCAGAACCAAAAUCCUGCAGCGAGGAUCUGCCUACAGCCAUGCACCUGCCCCCCUCAGGGGUGAAAACCAAGUGCCCGCCCUGCAACCCUGGGUUCUUCAAAACCAACUCCAGCGCCUGUGAGCCCUGCCCAUCCGGCUCGUACUCCAACGGCUCCGGCUGCAUCAGCUGUGCUGCUGGGACCGAGCCGGCGCUGGGCUUCGAGUACAAGUGGUGGAACACCCUGCCGGCUAACAUGGAGACGACCGUCCUUAGCGGAAUCAACUUUGAAUAUAAAGGGAUGGCAGGGUGGGAGGUGGCUGGUGACUACAUAUAUACAGCAGCAGGCGCCUCCGACAACGACUUCAUGAUCCUGACAAUGGUCGUUCCUGGGUUCAGGCCCCCACAGUCAGUGCUGGAGGACGUCGAGAACAAAGAGGUGGCAAGAAUCACCUUUGUCUUUGAGACGGUCUGCAGCGUGAACUGCGAGCUGUACUUCAUGGUGGGCGUGAACUCACGGACCAACACGCCUGUGGAGACCUGGAACGGCUCCAAAGAGAAACAGUCCUACACAUACAUAAUUGAAAAGAACGCCACAAUGAGCUUCACCUGGGCCUUCCAGCGGACAGCAUAUCACGAGGUGGGAAGAAAGUACACGAACGACGUCGCCAAGCUCUACUCAAUCAACGUGACCAACGUGAUGGAUGGGGUGGCCUCUUACUGCCGGCUCUGCGCCCUGGAGUCCUCGGGCUCCUGCACCUCCUGCCCGCCUGGGAACUACAUCGACCGAGCCUCCGGCGCCUGCCACCCGUGCGCACCCAGCACUUACCUGAAAGCCCACCAGCCCUAUGGCAGUCAGGCCUGUAUCCCCUGUGGCCCCGGCACAAAGAGCAACAAGAUCCAUUCGCUGUGCUACAACGACUGCCGCUUCUUGCUUGACAAGGACGGCAGGACCCUGGAGUACGAUUUCUCAGCACUGGCCAACAGCACGUCCUUCGCAGGCAGGCCAAGCUUCACCUCGAAGGGGCUGAAAUAUUUCCAUCACUUCAGCAUCAGCCUGUGUGGGAACCACGGAAGGAAGAUGGCCACUUGUACGGACAAUGUCACCGACAUGCGGGUCCCCGACGGGGAGGCAGAGUUCUCGAAAUCGGUCACCUCCUACGUGUGCCAGUCCAUCAUCGUCCCCUCUGACGUGAUGGGCUACAAAACCAUAGUGUCCUCUCAGCCCGUGAGCCUGGCUGACCGUGUCGUAGGGGUGACAACAGAAACAACCCUGGACAACAUCACCUCCCUGCCUGAGCACUUCGCCCCCGAGAACGUGGGGCUGACCGACGUGAUCUUCUUCUACAGGUCCAAUGACGUGACCCAGUCCUGCAGCUCUGGGCGGGCCACAGCCAUCCGCCUGCGAUGUGACCCCCUGAAGACAGGCUCCGGAGCCCUGUCCGUGCCAAGUAAAUGCCCUGAUGGGACGUGUGACGGGUGCACAUUCCACUUCCUUUGGGAGACCUCCACAGCCUGCCCCCUCUGUUCCGUCUACGAUUACCACGCCAUCGUCAGCGCCUGCCUCGGCGGGAUCCAGAGAACCACCUACGUGUGGCGGGAGCCAAAGCUGUGCUCAGGCGGCAUCCCCCUCCCAGAGCAGAAAGUCAGCAUCUGCAAAACCAUGGAUUUCUGGCUCAAGGUGGGGAUCUCGGCCGGGACCUGCGCGGCCGUCCUGCUGACUGUCAUGACCUGCUACUUCUGGAAGAAAAACCAAAAGUUGGAGUAUAAAUAUUCCAAGCUGGUGAUGAACUCAACUGCCAAGGACAGUGAGCUGCCAGCCGCCGACAGCUGUGCCAUUAUGGAGGGGGAAGAUGUGGAAGAUGAUCUGAUAUUCACCAGCAAGAAGUCUCUCUUUGGCAAGAUAAAGUCCUUCACUUACAAGAGGACGUCGGACGGGUUCGAUUCUGUCCCACUGAAGACCUCGUCGGGCAGCACAGACAUCGACCUCUAGGGGAGCCUCAUCCCCGCUGCCUUUGCUGCAGGAUACCUCGCCGCCACCCCCCGGUGAACCCUGUGCCCCGAACAACUCCUUGUGGCCUUAUCAGAUACACUUUUAACUUGAGCUGUUGCUUUUUUAAACAAACAAACUCUGAAGUUAACAUUCCCUCCAAAAGAAAUCGCCAAAUACAGGUGUGUUUUUAAACG